AUGUCCCCCACACAUCCAUCCACGAAGUUGUCCAGCAGCAUUUAUCCCCCCGGAGAAUAUCGGGUUAUCAGGAAAAGAAAUCGCAUACCGGUCUCCUGCGCACCGUGUAGAAAUCGGAAGCUGAAAUGCAACCGCUCCGUCCCUUGCGAAAACUGCGUGAAGCGCAACGAUGUUCCCUCCUGUACGUACGCGCAGCCGAAGAACCGGAAGAAGCCAGUCAGUGUCCAGGGUUCACCCCCAACUAUAGAUGGUAUGCAGGAUCGCAUCGAUCGGCUCGAGAACCUCGUACUAUCGUUGAUGAUCAAUGGCACACAAUCUGUGGGCACAGCUGCUGCACAAGCAAUGGUCUCUGGGGGUAGCGCCAGUUCGGCGUCCCGGCAAGAUACCCAUGAGCUGGACCUUGGAGAUGAGAUGGAUGAAACCGAAGAUGAGAGCGAUACAGAGCAGGUUACCAAGUCAUUUGGGAUUAUGAAGGUUGAUGCCAUGACGCAGAAGUCGUACUAUGUCAGCGAGGGGCAUUGGACGAUGAUCCUUGCCGAUAUUGCAGAAGUUAGGCAGUACUUUUUAGCGCAUAAGAAGGUGUAUGAGGAGCAAGUAGACAAAUUGGAGAAAAUGAAAGCAGAGAGUAACGAGCAGGACUUGUCCGGACCAUCUCUGCUCUUUGGUGCUGUUAAACCUCCAUCUGCGACUGAGAUUUUGUCCAGUUUUCCCUCCAGAUAUACCGCCGAUAUGUUGAUCACUCGUUACUUUCAAUAUUAUAGCCUAUUUACUAAUUGCAUUCAUUCUCCAAGUUUCCAGAAAGAGUACGAGCGUCAUUGGGAAGAUCCGACCAAAACAAGCAUUGUCUGGAUCGGCAUGGUCUUUGCUAUGUUCCGUCUUGCGAUGAUAUCAUACCAUGAUGAAUCGGACGAACCCCCCGAAUUCCGAAGCAAAUCUCUACGUAUUGCUGCCUCGUAUCGGAAUUCUAUGGUCCAGUGCCUCAUCCUUGCCGAUUAUACGAAACCGCAUCGAUACUUGAUAGAAACGCUCAUCCUCCAUCUGCACGGCGAAUCCACGCAAGAGAAAGAAUCAGAAGUAUCUGUAUGGGUACUGAUUGGAGUGAUUGUCCGUCUGGCCAUGCAGAUGGGUUAUCACCGUGACUCAAAAAUGUUUCCGAACAUCUCUCCUUUCCAGGGCGAGAUACGCAGGCGGCUAUGGACUUUUAUACGACAAGCGGAUCUACUAUUUUCUUUCCAGAUCGGCCUCCCUUCUAUGAUUCGUGGGGCAGAUUAUGAUAUCGAGCUCCCGCGAAAUUUAUAUGAUGCCGAUUUCGACCCAGAUUCGGUCGAGAUUCCUCCUGAGCGGCCUCUGGAUGAGCCAACGCCUGUCAGUUUUCUUAUUGUCAUGGCACGGCUUGUAGGCGUGUUUGGGCAGGUGUUGGAGAAUACGCAGGGGAUCACCCGAACUCCGUCGUAUGAAGAGGUUAUGGAACUCGAUCAUGCGCUUCGCGAGGCUCGUGAUAGGGUUCCGGAACACAUGGCUGUUCGACCGCUUGAGGGUAGCAAUGAUUCCAUGUAUGCUAUCAAGUUGAAAUUUUUGAUCGCGAGCACCUAUCACAAAGCCCAAUGUGUCCUUCACCGAAGGUACAUGCACCGUGGCCGAGAAAACUCACGGUAUGCAUACUCGCGACGCACCUGCAUUGCCAGCGCAUUGGAGCUGCUCCGCUAUCAAAGACUACUCUACUCAGCUACGAAAUUGAACGAUCGCUUCCGAAACAGCAAGGGGUACGCCACCACCGGUAACACGUAUGGUUUUCUUAUGGCUUCCUCAAUCCUCUCUGUCGACGUAUACCAAAUGGUGCGAAUCAACGCCUCCGAUCCUAGCUCAAAUGAUAUCUCUGCUCUAGACACGGAGGAAUACCAGGAAACUCUUGCAAUCCUCCAUCAGUCCAUGGAAAUUUGGAAUGAAGGCAAAGACCACUCACUGGAUGCGUUCAAAGCUACUGGUCUUUUGGAUGUCCUGUUGAGCAACAUAUUCCGAGCGCAGAAGGAGCGGCGACAACAGCGGCGACAACAGCAUGAGGAGGGACAGAAUAAAAAUGCCGCGAUCAAGGGAGGGUUGGCAGCGGGGGGAGUUCCAGUUGACCAAACGGACGAGAAGCAAAAUGCGGCCGUGACACUGGGUCUUCUUAGCGGUGGAGUGAACGAGAUGGGAGCUAGUCCAUCGCAGUUUGCCGCUGAUCCGAUGAUGAAGUAUGAAAAUGUUGGUGGAGUUGGUGUUAUCAGUCAAGGGGGAAUGAUGGAGCCGCAGCGGCUCCCGAUGCUCAGCAAUGGGAUGGGGAUGAACUUCGGCACGGGGAUGUUUGGCCAGAUGGCACCUAUGCAGCCGUUUGAUUUGGAUUGGCAAACAUGGGAUAGCUACGUUCAAGCCGCAGCGGCCGACCCGAAUAUGCAAAGCUGGCCAGUAUUUGAUUUUCAGGCCUUCUCACCCGGCCCCAUUCAACUAUCACCACCAGCUUCGCAACAAGACCAACAAUUUCCAUAA